UAUUGGCUCGUGACAUCUUUAGCUUGACAGUGUGUUUCCGGGGGGAGUGAGCACGAGCAGUUGCGGCGUGCAAGAGGGUUGUCAACAAAUUACCGGGGUCAUAAUGGCUGACAGUGCUGACUUUACACCCACCGUGAACAGCCAGUCUCCUGGAAAAGAGGAGCAGGGAGGAGGUGAAGGUGGAGGAGGCUCAGAAGGGGAUGUAAAAGGCGGUUUGACUGAUGCCCAGAGAGGCGUCUUGGAGAGGUGUGUGCAUGCGCUGAAGCACGCUAAAAACGACAGUCAGACGUUGGCUGCUCUUCUUCUGAUAAGUCGCUUGUGCCCAGCCAGUGAACUGGACAAACCCAUGUUGAGGCGCAUCUUUGAGGCGGUGGGCCUCAAUCUUCCAGCUCGGCUUCUGGUCACAGCAGUCAGAGGGGACGAGAACUCUGGCUUACCCCCAAAUGAGCUCCUUUCGCUGGGCACGGCUUUGCUGGCUGCCCUGAGCACAGAGCCAGACAUGGCCUCCAGUCCCCAGCUCCUCGCCACCGUCCCCCUCCUGCUAGGCAUCUUGGUAAACGGUCCUGUGUUUACCCAGCAGAAACAGGAAGCCCGGGAACAGCACCAAGUAGGGCAGAGUCCAGACGGUGAAGUCCAGUCAGCAAACAUUUCAAACCCAGACUGUAAUCCUGCCAGUGUGGCACAAUCUGCAGAAGAGACUGAGAGCAGCAAGCAAAAAGGUGAUGAUGGCAGUGAAGCAAGCAGAGUGUCAACGUCUCAGGAGAACCCUCCCUCUUCCAGCCUUGAUGCGGCCUUGGCUGCUGACUGCUACCUGGUUUUGACAGCUGUGUGUGCCUUACCCAGAGGCCCAGAGCAGCUCCUGAGCAGGGGCGCCAUCUCUGCUUUGUGCCAAGCGGUGGAACUGAAACAGACUCUCAGCCACGAGAAGGGGCUCGCCUUGCUGGGCUUGCUCCUCUCUGGUAAAAACAAGGACAAAGCAUGGAGCAAACACACUCCAGAGCUCCUCUCGCUGCUGGUCAGACUCUCCAAAGACUUCUGUGAAUCCACAGACGAGACCAGGUUGGGUAUGUGUGGUCAGUUGGCGCAGUUUCUGCCCCCAGCAGGAGUGGCAGCGGAGAGUGAGGAGCUGAAGGCAGUUGUGGGCCGUUUAUGGGAGGUACUGAGACCCAUGGUGCAGGCUAAAUUGACACCGAGACAUAUUGGACCAAUCCUGGUCCUCAGUGCUUGCCUGCUGGAUUUAUAUGGCUGGGAGAUGGCGGGACCUCCAAAGUUCUGUUGCUUACUGGUGAACCGGGCCUGCGUGGAGGUCAGAAUGGGUUUGGAAGAACUGCCUGGUAAUGAUUUGACCCCUGAGGUGCAACACACAAUAACAGGCUGUUACCGAAUCAUGGAGGCGGCCAUAGAGCAGGCCUGUAGUCCGGGAGUCCCGCAGGCUGCUGCACCUUCUCAGAGCUCCAUCUCUACCCUCAGUCUGCAGCAGAGCAGGCAGGUCCUCGGGGUCCUGGAGGAGGCCUUCUCUGGCUUGAUGUACUUCCUGCAGCAGGUGGAGCCGAGCCGCUAUGGCGACCCUUUCGUUUUCGCCACAUUCCGCUCUCUGUGCUCAUGGUUGGCUGAGGAGACUUCCUGUCUUAAGGAGGAAGUGACUAGACUCCUGCCAUUUCUGAUCAACUACACCCGAAGCCACCUGCAGGGUGGGAUCUUGGAGCAGAGCCUCGCUGACUGGAUGGUCAAGAUGUCUAUUGGUGAGGACAGGGGCGCGUGGACAGGCAGAGAGGCUCUCAGGUAUCUCCUCCCAGCUCUGUGCCACCUGUCAGCAGAGGAAGGUCCCAGGAAGGUGUUGCUCGAUGUCGACACUCCGGCCCUGCUGGUGGACUUCCUGUCUCAGAGCUGGACUUUCCUCAGGGGAAAAACCAGUGCAGCAUCCACAAGGGAUCCCAGCAUGGAGACGGCCUGCUCUGCAUUGCUCAACUUCACUGUUACAGAGCCAGAGAGAGUCAGAAAGGACUUGUGUUUCAGAAGCCUCGAGGUCCUUCUGAGUGAAGCACUCCCCCUCUUGGUGAAUAAGCCCCGCCUCCUGGUCCUAACAGCAAAUUGCUGCACUCUGGGACUCAUGAUUGGCAGAUUAAAGGAAGGAGGCUCAGUGGAAGCGGGCCAGCGCCGUUUCCUCUCUUCAGCUCUCCGGUUUCUUCGCAGCGCCCUGGACUCGAGCUCCAGUCCAGGUCCAGUGAAGGUGAGCCUGAGCUGGGAGGACAGUUGGGACGACGCUGCAGAGCUCUGGAGGUUGAGUUUGCAGGCUCUGGGAGGCUGCGCCCAUGCCCAACCCUCAAUCACCACCCUGAUCAGAGAGGAGGGUUGGCUCAGACACAUGCUCGCCAUGCUUCAUCAGUGUAGCGCUCUACCUGACCAGCUGACCCAGGAGGCGCUAGAGGAGGCUCUGUGUGCCCUGGCAGAGCGGUGCCCGGUGUGUAAACAAGAAAUUGGAGACAUGAUGACGAGAUCCAGGGAAGGAGCUUUGAGCAAAAUGAAGAAGCUGAAGAAGUCGGUGGUAGUGAAGUAAAACCAGCUGCUCUGGAGAAACGGUGUACUCUUUAAUUGAGAACUUUUAGUGAAACCGCACAAUGAAACCAAUAAACCAGGGAAACUGCUGAAACCAAA